AACGCACGCAGUUCGACGGACUGCUACAAACCAAACAAGAAAAUCACGGCGUUCUGACUGCACUGUAGACAACCGCGAAUUCUCUGACUGUGAGAGCUAUUCAGGUGAGGUAACCUGAGCGCUCAGGGGUGCCAUGAAUUGGGCUUUUCUCCAGGGUCUCUUGAGUGGGGUCAACAAGUACUCCACCGCAUUCGGCCGUGUCUGGCUGUCCGUAGUCUUCCUUUUUAGGGUCUUGGUCUACGUCGUAGCUGCGGAGAAGGUAUGGGGUGACGAACAGAAAGACUUUGCGUGUAACACAGCUCAGCCUGGCUGCCAUAAUGUUUGCUACGACCACUUCUUCCCUGUGUCCCACAUCCGUCUGUGGGCACUGCAGCUCAUCUUUGUCACUUGUCCGUCGCUCCUCGUGGUGCUGCAUGUGGCCUACCGUGAGGAACGUGAGCGGAAGCAUCGCCUGAAAAACGGCGAGGGCUGUCAGCGUUUGUAUUCCAACACUGGAAAGAAGCGCGGUGGUCUUUGGUGGACGUACGUCCUCUCGCUGGUUUUUAAGGUGGGAGUGGAUGCGACCUUCGUGUAUCUCCUGUAUCACAUCUAUGAGGGCUAUGACUUCCCGACUCUGGUCAAGUGUUCUGAGUCUCCUUGCCCUAAUGUGGUUGAUUGCUUCAUCUCUCGGCCCACAGAGAAGCGGAUCUUCACCAUCUUCAUGGUGGUGACAAGUCUGGUGUGCAUCCUCCUCUCCCUUUGUGAAAUCCUCUACCUGGUGGGUAAACGCUGCUUUGAGUGUAUCCACAGGAUGCAGGGCUCAUGGCAGAUAAACAAGGCAAGGUCCAUCGCUAACUUGAGGAGUUCAAAUGCUCAUUUAGAUUCAAACAGCAAGAAACUGGCAAGCAAAAGCCAGCUAGUGCCAGCAUACGGUGUGGUCGUCCCAUCCUAAAAAACAUGAGCUUGGAAAAUACUUUCACUCAAAGUGGGACCAAGAGAGAUAAAUAUUUUUCAUGUUCACCACGAUGUGAACUCAAACAUGACCAACUCAUUAGACAGUUGGCAGUAAAGGAAGCGCUAUAUCCAAUGGAUCUUUUGCUGUAAAGUUGUGACCUGAUAAAACACACUGUAUAUUUGAAAAGCUUAUGGGGUCAAAAUGCCAACAUUCAGGAUGACACAGACUUUAGAUUGACUAAAGCAUGUCACUUCAGGGUUUUGGGUGUGGUGUGGCUUCUGUUAGGCUCCAUAACACCAACACCAAUAGGCACUUUAAACACCAAAUACAAUACAGAUGGUAUAAACCCAGAUUACAAAUGACAGUAAUUACUAUUAAUUACAAAGUACAUAUUUGCCAGGUUUUCAACUGACACUAACAAGCAAAACGUGACUGUAAAUGAUGUUUAAUCACUCUUUGCGUCACGUAUUUUUAUAGUUAUUAAUUUUUCUUUCAGAAGAAACCAAAAAUAGUAUAAUUAAUUGAUGGAAUAAUCUUUUAUCUAUAGAAGCCUGUUUUUAUUUCAGAGUAAUUGUGACUUCAUAUCCCACCAAAAAUGACAGUUCUGUCAUAAUUUA